AUGAUGAGGUUGCAAAGCAGAUCUCGUUAGAAAAAUAAGAGGCAAUCACUUUCAAUGCUAAAUACACAAACCAUAACACCUAAGAAUCAAUCGAAUGAGUAAUCCCUAAAGAAUAUAAUAGAUCUGUCAAAGAUUAAAAACUUAAAUGAAACUACUAAACAAAUUCCAAUAAUUAAUGAGAUUAUCAAAAUAGUUUCUCCUAAUGGUCUUAAUAAUGGGGAAAUCUAUGGCCCUAAUAGAGUUAUAAUUAACAAAAUUGCGUUACAAAAAUCAAAACCAUAAUAAGCUAACCAAAUGAUAUAAACUGAAAGACCGGGAGAACAAAUUCUAACAUUAAGAAGGAAAUCAGCCGAAGAGGAAUAAAAUAUGACAUCGAGCUAAGAAAUAAAAGAAAUUAAAAGCAGUAAUGCAAGUUUGAAUGAGAAAAGAAUUAUUAAAUCUACCUUGAAAAAUUAAGCAAUAACUUUCUAAUACAGUCAAAAUAGUUCCAGGGAAUUACUUGGAAGCCACAGGCAAUCUAAUAAUAUUCCUGCUUAAGGUAAAUAGCUUGAAAUAAUCAGAGAUAACACAUCGGAGUAUGUCAAAAGUACAUUUGAUCAAAUGGAUUACUAUAAGCACAAACAUAUCAUACCAGCAACGUAAAGAGAGUCCCCAAGUCAUACAAAAAUACACAAUGCAGACGAUAAAUUCAAUUAGUCAUUUACAAACUCUCAAAUUUUAUAAAAACUAAUAUGCAAAAACAAUCAGGACGAGAAACUCCUGAGAUAUAGUUAACUGAUGGAUGAUACCAGACUCAAGAUUAAGAUUACAGAGAAUAGUCAAAAAGUAUAGAGGCCAAGUAAUAGCAUUAUAUUUGAUUCGAAAAGAGUUAUUAAUAAGGUUGAUCAAGUAUUAUAAGAAAAGCGAGAGGACUAAAACAAUCAGACUCCCAUGCAGAUAAAUAAUCCAGAUUAAGAACUAUUUUUGAAAUUUAUUCGAUAUAAAAGAGGGAUGGAAACAAAUAAUAUUAGUCCUUCGUCAAAUCUUAAUUAGGAUCACCUAGUCAAUCAUAACCAUGAUUUGAAAUCGCAUUUGAAAUUUGACAGAAAUAUUAUUAAGAAAAGGCAAAGAGCUAGAAUGCAAAAAAUAAUUUGA